AUGUCUACAGCAUCACCUUACUACCAGUAUCAGUAUCAGUACCAGCAGCCGACGGGAUCCCUCCCGGUGAAUGUUCCGGGGAAGACGCCGCAUCAACCCUACACCGCUCGUCACAAUCGGAACACUUCGGCGUACAGUCAACUCUCGGCAUCCCCACCAGAGAGGCCUGAAAGUGUCUCAUCUUCCGGCGCUGGAGUCUUCUCUUCUGCAUCAAGCAACUAUGCAGGUAGCGAAUAUGAAUCGUCCAGUGGAGCUACUAGCGUGGACUUGCUAGAUUACAUGAACGACCGACUUUCGUCCGCCUACAAUCCAUUACCAAUGGAUAAGAAUUUGGCAAGGCAGGCGCAGAUGUCGGGUGAGCUGAAUGCAAAGAACCGCGAGCUACUGGCUCUACAAGCUCAAGCUCGAGCACGUCUCGCAAGGACUCGGGCGAACUUUUCAGACGGCAUGAAAGCCGCGAGAGAAGUUCAGCGGGAUUUGGAAUGGACGCAGAAGAAAGUGCACUCUCUCAACGCACGGGCAGCACAAAAGUACCCAGAGCAGUACAGAGCUGCAAGCCAACGCUACCCUGCACCAGUCGAGUAUUGA